AUGUGGCAUUCUCGGCCGGAUGGGAAGUCGUCCCUAUUUAAUCGCAUACGGGAAUGCCUCCUCCUUCCUCGUUUUUCUGCUCCCAAUCGCUCCUCCUUCUCCGAUUUUUUGGCGGUGAACUCCUCCCCUUCCCGGCCGCAUCUCGCCGUCUCCGCCCUAAAGCUGCUCGAUUUCUCGCCGUUGCAUCUCGCUGUUGCCGGCCCUUCGCAUCUCGUCUCCUCCCUGCUCUAUUUCUUCUCUAAGAGAGCGAACUCCUCCCCUUUCCCGGUCGCAUCGCUGCAGCUGCUCGAUUUCUCGCCGUCGCCGGCCCUUUGCAACUCGUCUCCUCCCUGCUUGAUUUCUUCUCCAAGAGUGGCUUAUGUAUACACCACAAAGCAGAAAACCAUAAGUUCAACAACUUGGGUGCAUUUCUUGGGUCUUUCAACCAAGGGUUUAAGAGCUAUAUCUUGUACAAAGUAGGAUAAUACAUUCAAAUGUAUUGUAUUUGUAUGAAUUGUAUUGGUUUGUAUUUAAGUUAUUUUUAUGAAAAUAAAUUGAGUAAAUGCAAAGUACAAUGCUAUAACCAAAAACAUAUAUUGUAAUGUUUACUAGUUUUGUGGCUGAG